UACCAUUGCUUUCAGCCAGGGGAGGACUCCUGAACCUUUAGGUGUUUAAAUGCACAGCACGAUCCACGGACAGCAUGCGACCAUUCCUGCUCAUUUUCGCGUGCAUUCGUCUCGGUCAGCUGGAGUCUGGCGUGGACUCGUACGUCGCCGCCGUGUACGAGCACACCGUGAUUGUGAACCCGGAGCCUCGUGUCCCUCUGUCCCGCCUCGACGCCCUGAGACACGUGCAGAGAAACCUGGACAUGUUGGAGGAGCAGGCCGCCCUGGCUGCGCUGCAAGGUGCUCAGAUACUUGUGUUUCCAGAAGACGGCAUUCAUGGUUUUAACUACACCCGUUCAUCCAUCUAUGGCUAUUUAGAAACGGUUCCUGACCCCCAGCAGGAGAGCUGGAACCCCUGCGAGGAGCCACACAGGCACAACAACACUGAGGUUCUCCAGAGACUGAGCUGUAUGGCCCGUCGCUACAACCUCUACCUAGUGGCAAACAUGGCUGAUCUGCAACCCUGUCCCCUGAAAACAGACCCGUCCACAGCCUGUCCUUCUGAUGGACGCUGGCAGUUCAACACCAAUGUGGUUUUCAGUUCUGAUGGUCUCCUGGUGGCACGCUAUCAUAAACACAACCUUUACUUUGAGGAGUCCUUUAACACACCUCCACGAGCAGAAAUCGUUACGUUUGAAACACCUUUCGCUGGGAAGUUUGGCCUCAUCAUCUGCUUUGACAUCUUGUUCAAACAUCCUACAGUAACUCUUGUGGAAAAGGAUGUCCGUCAGCUGAUCUUCCCCACGGCCUGGAUGAACCAGCUCCCCCUGCUGGACUCCAUUCAGUUUCAGUGGGCAUUCAGCAUGGGCGCCAACGUUACUCUGCUGGCUGCCAACGUUCGGAACGACCGACUCGGCAUGACAGGAAGUGGCAUCUACACCCCUUCUUCUGCCACCUACCACCACGCCAAGAGGGGCGACCCAGAGGAGGGCAGGCUGCUUGUGGCCAGGGUGCCAGUCUUAGACCCGCUGUGGGGGAGACAGAAUACUGCAGUAGAUACGACUGCCUCCACACCAUCGCUGGCUGCCACGGCUGCUUACUGCCACACGGACAGCUGUGCUGAUCCUCCUCCACCCACCUACCCCACCUUCACGUCAUCCAUGAUGCAUGACCCGUUUAAAUUUGUCCUCCUAAAGGAAUCGGGGGGCGAACUCACGGUGUGCGACGGCACCUUUUGUUGCCACCUUCAGUACAAGUGGACAGCACACGAUAAACAAAAGGAGCUCUAUGCACUGGGAGCAUUCUCAGGAACGCACACUGUGAACGGACGUUACGCCGUGCAGGUGUGUGCAGUGGUCCGCUGUGCAGACACAGAGGCCAGCUCCUGUGGGCAGGAAGUGGAGGAGGCCGAGUCAAAGAUGGACUUCUUGUUGGAGGGGCGCUUCGAGACCAGACACGUGUACCCUGCAGUGCUGGCAAGCCGUCUGGUCCUGGAGAAGCCUGAGCAGCUGGAGACAACUGCAGAUGGGAGAGUGGCCAUGAAACACUCGAGCACGACCCGUGGCUUGGUCACUGCCUCUCUGUACGGACGAAGGUACCACCUGGACGAUGAAUGAACAGCUCGGGGAAAGAGAACAGCCGACAUCCGAACUCUUCAGGUUUCAUUGAAUUUGGCAUCUUGCAUCAUUUUGCAGACAUCGAAACGAUCAGCAGUAAUCAAUAUUAUUGAUUUUUAUGGUGGCUGUAACACGUUUUCUUGAAUACACAAACUAAACCAAAACAAAUGUUUAUUCAUUUGUUACUUAAUCUUUACAAACAUUGCACCAAGUAU